UCAACCUCAAUAUUCUUUAUGGUAUCAGAGCUUUCUCUUAGCACCAAAUAAUUCCAAAAAAAAAAAAAAAACCCUAGGUUUUUUAUUUUGCUAUGCCUCUACAUCAAUGGAUGAGUCUUCGUCUUCUUCUUCUUUGUCUCCUUCCUCUACUUCUCCUAUUCCCACUAGUCCUCCGUUUCUUUCUACAAUGUUUGCCCCUUCUUCCCUUGUUGUGUCUGUCACGCCGUCAAUCCCUAUUCCUCCUUUUCCUCCUACUUCUUCCUCUUUACCCACAACCCUUGCCUCUUCUGUUUUCUCUCAUCCUGUUUUCUCCGUCACCAAUAUUCGGAAUUAUGCCACUAUAUCAAAAGACAUUCUUCAAUUUAUUCUUCAACCUGGUAAGCAACUCACAGCAAAAUUAGCUUGGGAAUCCAUUCAUCAGUUGUACCAAAGCCAACUUAGUGCUACUGCACUCCAAUUAACUCAAGAAUUCAGUGGUAUUCAGAAGCAGUCUGGCCAGAGUGUUAUGGACUAUUUGCAGUAUGUCAAGAGGUUAUCUGAUCGGCUUUUCGGAAUUGGUCAUCCAGUAUCUGAUAAAGAUUUAGUGCUUCGAACUAUUGUUGGUCUUGAUCAUUCCUUUUCAGUGGCAAAGCGCACUAUUCCUCAACGUGUUCCCUUCCCUACCUUCUUGGAAUUGCGAUCGCUACUGUUGAUUGAGGAAGCUAAUAUUUUGCAGGAAUCCUCAACUAGCUCAUUGAUGAAUGGCUCUUCUAGUUCCAGUCAAUUGGGAGGCCGGACUAAUCGAGGUCGGGGAUCUCGCGGAAGUGGUCGUACUGUCUGGAAUCAUCGUUCAAAUUUUUCUGGCCAUUCUUAUUCUGGUCGCGGCUUUGGCAAUGUUGCUCAUGGUGCCUCUGAUUUUUCAGCUAGUUAUUCUGGGACUCAUGGUGCUGGUCUUAAUGGGUCUUUGUUUGCAAAGUCUGAUGGCCAAGUGGCUGGGUUUCAUUCUACCAAUAGUUCUACCCGUGCCUUACCCCCAUUACUGCCAACUCCGCCAACCCUUAUUGCUUGUCAAUGGUGUAAUCGACUGGGUCAUCAAGCACGUGAUUGCUCUUUCUUAACUGCCAGACCUACCUCUGCUUCCUCUGCACCCCAGUCACUAUAUGCAAAUUUAGUUCCUGCUCCUAUGGAUCCCAAUUGGUACUUUGAUAGUGGAGCUCAAACCCAUGCUACCAACAAUCCUGGUAAAUUACUUCACUCCACUCCUUCCUCUUCCUCCAAUUUUAUCAAGUCGGUAAUGGUCAGUUAUUGCCUGUUACUUCUCAUGUUUACUCAUGAUAAUAAUUGUAGUGUUAACUUUGAUUCCUCUGGUUUUUCUAUUAAGGACAACAAGACGAAGAACGUCCUCCUUCGUUGCAAUAGUCCGAAUGGCUUGUAUUCAUUCUCUAGUGGUUCCUUCCCCAGUUAUCCUGUUGUCUAUUCUGUUUCGCAUUCUCCUGAUGUGUGGCAUUGUCGUCUUGGUCAUCCGGGCAUCGCUCCUCUUCAACACCUUGCUAGACGUGGUCUUCUUCCAAUUGAAAGAGUUACUUUGCCACCACGUUUAUGUCAUGCAUGUCAACUUGGGAAACAUGUUUGUCUUCCUUUUUCUGAGUCUUGUUCUUUUGCUACUAAACCAUUUGAGUUGAUUCAUUCCGAUGUUUGGACAUCACCUACACUGUCUUUUUCCAGGAUUAAAUAUUAUUUGUUAUUUUUGGAUGAAUAUAGUCAUUAUUUCUGGGUUUAUCCUUUGUCAUCUAAGGCUCAAGUGUUUGAUUCUUUUCUUAAAUUUUCUACUUUUGUGUCUACUCAAUUUGGUGCUAAGAUCAAAGCUUUGCAAUGUGAUAAUGGUCGUGAAUUUGAUAACUCUCAAUUUGCAUCCUAUUUCCAUACUCAUGGAAUUCAUCUCCAUUCUUCGUGUCCCUCAACUCCCCAACAAAAUGGGAAAGCUGAGCGCAUGAAUAGAACAAUCAUGAACAUGGUUCGUUCUUUACUUUUUCAAGCAAAUUUGCCUGGUAAAUUUUGGGUGGAAGCUAUUUAUGUAGCUAUUCAUCUUCUAAAUAUAUUACCUACUUCCAGGCUACAUUUUCUUACUCCUCAUGAGGUGUUUUUCGGUUCCCCACCGAAAUAUGAUCACUUGAGAACAUUUGGUUGUGCUUACUAUCCUAAUAUGUCUGCCACUGCCUCACAUAAAUUAGCUCCUCGCUCUACCUUAUGUAUUUUUCUAGGCUACCCGGCUCAUCAUAAGGGUUAUCGUUGUCUUGAUUUGGCAACCAAUAAGAUUAUUAUCUCGAGGCAUGUUGUUUUUGAUGAAACCUCUUUUCGCUACACUUACACUGCCUUGGUGUGUUCACCACUUCCCCAUUUUCGCAGCCUAUUUCACCUCAUGGAUUUCCCUCUCAUUAAGCCCAUUUCUAAGUCUUCCUUGGCCCAAAACCAUGACCUGCCUGUGUCUACUACCUCCCUAAGUCCAAUCUCAUUUCAGCCCAUUCUACCUUCUUCUCCAUCAUCGCCGGCCUCUCCCAAGUCAAUCCCUAAUACUGUAUCAUCAUCUUCUCCUUCCUUGUCCUUACCAUCUCUUUUCUUCCUCCACGGCUUUGCCCUCUUUACCACCAUCGAAGUUUUCCCCUUCUUCCACAGAUUCCCCUCAUCCUCUUGUCGAACUCCCUGCCUCCCAUGCUACCCCUUCCAUGGCUUCUUGUUCACUUCCCCUGUCCCCUGCCUCUUCGCUCCCACCUUCCUUGCAGCCUCCUUGGCGGAUCCAUCCUAUGAUUACCAGGUCUCAAGUUGGCACUCGGAAGCCUCGGGUUCUGCCAUCCUUGCUUGCUACCGGAGCUGACAUCAGGGAACCAAAAACCUUUAAAGAAGCCUGUCAAUUCUCUGAAUGGCGUUCUGCAAUGGUGGAUGAGUUCUCGGCUUUGCUAAAGAAUAACACUUGGUCUCUUGU